AUGAUCAGGCGGUUGGAAGGAUAUUUGGAAAAAAAGAGGCUGGAGAUAAAUGUGGGAAAAACAAAGGUGGUGAGGUUCAGGAAAGGGGGAGGUAGGGAAAGGAAGAUGGAGUGGAGAUGGAAAGGGAAAAGGAUAGAGGAGGUGAAGGAGUUUAGAUAUCUGGGAUAUGUGUUUAAGAGGAACGGGGGGCAGGAGGCACAAAUUAGGGAUAGGGUAAAGAAGGCGGGGGUGGCAAUGCGGCAGGUAUGGGGGAUUGGGAAGAGGAAGUUUGAGAGGGAUUGGGGAAGGAGGAUGUGGCUGUUUGAUACCCUGGUGUGGUCAGUGGCGGGAUACGGGGUGGAGGUGUGGGGGUGGAAAGAGAGAGAGGCUAUGGAGAGGAUGCAGGAGAGGUACAUCAGGUGGUCGUUGGGAGUGGAUUGGAGGACGCCGGGGUAUAUGGUGAGAGAGGAGACGAAAAGAAUGAAGUUGAGGACGGGGGCAGGAGAAAGAGCAUGGAGGUACGAGGAGAAACUAGGCAGGGGAGAGGGAGGGGAGUGGGCCAGGUGGUGCUUGGAGGAGCGUGAGUGUCAACCUCAACGGGUUGCGGGUAAAGAAGAACAGGACUUCAGCGGAAAUAUCCAUCGACCCGAUCCAUCGACUUGGUUGAAUCUCCUGAGACCAGAGAAAUCUGCAGAAGCCUCAGGCACCAGCGUGGAUCAGCCUCAGAAUAGGAGAAAAGAAUAA